UUAGCCAGCCGGGAAUAGAGCGAUUGAGGUGCUUUGACGAGCGGGAACUUGGUGAAGUGCGCGUACAGUUUUGUAAAUAGAGAGGCAAACGAGAGGAAGCAGCAAACCGAACUCACAAUGAAUCUGCUCAAGACGGUCUUCCUCUCGGCGAUGAUACUCGUCGUAUUCGCCGAGGAACGAAGCAACGCAACGCGGAGCAAGAGACAACAGAUAGCAUUUUAUCCUCGACGAGGGGGUCGCCCACCGCCUUAUGCGGUUCAGAUGGAGCCGAUAGUGCAGUACUCGCAGAGAGAUCCGCUCUACAAUCCUUCCGCGAGCUCGAAGAGUGACGAUCACUCGUUCUACGACGAGGCGGCACUUUACAAUCACUAUUCGAACGAGCCUGAGCCAAUAAUCGAGAUAAUAAUAAAGGAAUCGAACGAGACGUUACCCACGCCCGUGCCACCGCCUCCAGUGCCAGCGCCUCGGCCUACCAAAGAGCCGAUUCAAGUGUUCUACGUUAAAUACGAAAAGAAAAAAGGCUACGGUGACGCCAAGUCGAGAGUGGUUUACGAUACGCCAGUACCAGCUUUGAAUCCGGUCGAGGAACACGAGGUCAUAAAACCUGAUGAAGCGGAUGAGACGCAGAACGAACCGGAAGAACCGCCCGUUUACGCUACCGAGGCGAGCGUGACGGAGCCAACGACGACUCUUAGGGCCAUCAUUCGUCCUGAGAGCGAGGUCUAUCACGCGGGAGGUAGUGGAAUCCGUGUUACUUUUGGAACUGAUCAAAUACCGCCGAAUAGUCAUAACAAACGGAGUGACCCGGUUCCCCCAUCCUCGAGUCCACCUGUCCAACCGAGUGUAGUAACUCCGCUGCCUCCACCGGGUUCCCCCAAGAGACAACACGGACCUUAUCAUCCUCUUCAACCCGUGCAACCGAGAGUCACACCCGGCUUCCCACAGCAACGAAUCGUCAAUUCUUUCCCGCCUCAACAACCGUUCCCACCGAACUAUCCAGUCGCACAUCAACAUUAUCAACCGACGCUGAACGGACCAAGGCCGCCGCAGCGGCCUCCCAUCACGAUCCAAGGUUUGCCGGAUUUGCAGCAACGUCUGCCAUUCCAAAAUUUCGGAACUCCCCAUAGAAUCAGCAUAAACCAUCCUCAACAACCGGGCUUCCCGAAUACCGUGUCGGUCUCUCAUCAGAACGUUCACAUCCAGAACCAGCCAGGGCUGUUGCCGGCUGGCAAUUUCAACGGUAAUCUGCAGACGCAGCAUUCCAAUCAGCAACAGCAAUACCAACCCCAGCAGCCCCAUCAACAGCCACCUCAGCCGCUCCAGCCUCACCCCCAUCUGCAGUCCUACAAGCAACAGGAGCUUGAGAAGCAACGGUAUCAUCAAGAGCAAAGACGCCAACAGGAGUUGAGGCAGCACGAGCACAACAGACAACACGAACAGCAGAGGCAGUUGGAGCAGCAGAGACAGCAGGAGCAUCAAAGAAAAAUAGAACAACAGAGAGUGAUCGAGCAACAGAGGCAACGGGAUCAGCAAAGACAGCAAGAACGCCAGCGACAGGAGGAACGACAGAGGCAGGAGGAACAACACAGAAUCCAGGAACAACAACGGUACCAUCUUCAACAGCAGCAAAGACGGAAACAAGAGCAGGAGAACAAAUUGUUGCAGGAACAACAGUUCCGACAACAACUGAAAUUCAGCCAACCUCAACCGAUUCCCAAUCAAGCCUACAAUCAGCAACUCCAACAGCCCCAACAGCAGCCCAAACCCGGUGGUGAGAUAUUCAAGGCCGUUCCAAAAUUGGAACAACACUACGCCAUCAGAGAGAACCCGCUUCAUCCUGGCCCUUUCCCGCCGAAUCCACAAGUACAGCCCGUUCAGUAUCCGGACCUUGGACAGAAACCGUUUUCCCUCCAAGCUUCUCCAUCCCCUGGCGAUGGGCAGCAACAGUACUUCCUGCGAAAUCCUCACGCGAGUGUCCCCAGUAUCGCGACUACCCAACAACAUCAACAGCAACACCAGCAGCAACAGCAACAACAGCAACAACAGCAAAAACAACAACUGCAGAGUCACAACAACCUGGCUAAUUUGAAAAACUAUCAAAACGACCAGCAAUCGUUUUUCGCUCAGAAUCUUCCGACCCCGCAACAGCAGCGGAUCCAGCAAUCCCCCCAGUCGUCUCUAUGGGGAAGGCCCGUCUUCCAGCAGAGCAGCGGAAGUGAUAAAAUCUAUGCGACGCCGGUGAGUAAUUCCAAUGAUUUAGGAUUCGUAUCGACUGAACGGAGUGUCUACCAGUCUUCCAUCAGCGUCACACCCUCGCCACCAACGACGACAACAACGCCACCACCAACGACAACGAGUACACCCACACCAGGGACUCCCCCAACGAGCGAAGCUCCGAAAAACGAAGCUCGGAUAAAGGAAAACAUAGCCAACUUACCGGACGAGGUGCCCGAAGACAUACGGGAACAAUUGCUCAGUUCCGGUAUUCUCGGUAACGCCG